AUGGGUUCAACCAAUUUAUUGUCGUAUGAUUAUGACGGUAAGGUAAUAGCUGUCGAUUAUAGAAAUAAUUCUGAAAAUCCUAAUAAGGAUAAUAAACAUCAAAGAGAUGACAAAGAUGAUAUUUUAAAUGAAAAUGGACCAAUACGAAAAGUGUCUAAAGUGACCGAUAAUAAUAGUAAUAAUAUUAAGCAACUCGAGCUCUCACCAGAGGGUAACAUAAUAACAUCCAAUAAUAACAAUAAUAAUAAUAAUAAUAAUAAUGAUCAUCAACACGCAGAACAAAUGACUGUUUUAGAUCAUAUGCAUACCCAUAACAAAUCUUUGCCUGCAUUUAAUUUUACUAGAUUUUGUUAUAGACAUAACCCUGAAAUUCAAAACUCUCCAACUCAUACUGCAUGUUAUAAUCAAGAUUUGAAGAAAGUUAAAGAAAUAAAUUAUCAAAUAUCAAAACUCCCGAUACAGGAACAAUCUGAAAUUCAUCAUAUAAUAUCGAAAUUUAACAAAUCAAAUGAUAAAAUAAGAAAAUUAAUAUUUGACGGACUUCUUGCAUCUUCAUGUUUCCCACAACUAUCAUAUGUUUCCACUCAAGUACAAGAGAUGCUAAAGAUAGAUUUUAUUAGUAUAUUACCAAAGGAAUUAUCAUCUAAAAUAUUAAGUUACCUUGAUUGUCAAUCACUUUGCAAUUCGAUGCUAGUAUGCCAUAAAUGGAAUGAUCUAGCAAAUAAUAAUAGAAUAUGGUAUCAUAUGUGUAAGCAGCAUAUUGAUAGAAAAUGUCCAAAUUGUGGUUGGGGUUUACCUUUACUACAAAUGAAAAAUAAUUUCCGUAAUCGUCAACGUAAGAAAGAAGAUCAAUUGAUUAAAAAUCCUUGGAAAGUUAUUUACAGAGAUAGAUUUAAAGUUGAAAAAAAUUGGAGAAGAGGAAAUUUUACAAUUAAGGAUUUCAAAGGUCAUUUAGAUGGAAUAUUAAGUUUACAACAUAAUUAUCGUUUACUUUUUACAGGUUCGUAUGAUUCUACAGUGGCUAUUUGGGAUAUACAUAGUGGUAAAUUAAUGAGAAGAUUACAAGGACAUUCGGAUGGUGUCAAAGCAUUAUAUUUUGAUGAUCAAAAAUUGAUAACAGGAUCUUUGGAUAAGACUAUUAGAGUUUGGAAUUAUGUUACAGGUGAAUGUAUUUCAACGUAUAGAGGUCAUACAGAUAGUGUUAUGAGUAUUGAUUCAUUUAAGAAGAUUAUUGUUUCAGGUAGUGCAGAUAAGACAGUUAAAGUAUGGCAUAUUGAAACAAGAACUUGUUAUACAUUAAGAGGUCAUACAGAAUGGGUUAAUUGUGUUCGUUUACAUCCAAAUAGUUUUAGUUGUUACAGUUGUAGUGAUGAUGGUACUAUUAGAAUGUGGGAUAUACGAACCAACAGUUGUUUAAAAGUAUUCCGUGGUCAUGUUGGUCAAGUACAAAAAGUUUUACCAUUAACUAUAAUAGAUAUUGAAAAUUUAGUUACAGAUAAGAAUAGUAAUGCAUGUACAGGUCAUCAUACAAAUGGAGAACCUGAAAUUACAGAGGAUCCACAAAAUUUGGAACUUGAUGAAAAUAUUCCAUAUCCAACUCAUUUAUUAUCUUGUUCAUUAGACAAUACAAUUAAAUUAUGGAAUAUUAAGACCGGUCAAUGUAUUAGAACACAUUUUGGUCAUGUCGAAGGUGUAUGGGAUAUUGCAGCUGAUAAUUUUAGAAUCAUUAGUGGCUCUCAUGAUGGUUCAAUAAAAAUUUGGGAUUUACAAAGUGGGAAAUGUAUGCAUACGUUUCAAGGUAGAAGACUUGAAAAGGAUAUAAUAUCAAAUACUACUAAUAACAACAACAGUAGUAGUAAUAAUAAUGAUAAUGAAGAAAACAGUAAUAACAAUGAACAGUUGAGUAAUAAAGUCUCACCAAUAACAUGUGUUGCCAUUGGUGAUUCUGAAUUUUUCUGUGGUGACGAAAUGGGAUGUUGUAGAAUGUUCAAUUUUGAGAGUGGAACAGAUGAUGGUAAUGAUUAA